CACACACACACACACACAGAGUCAGGUAUCUCCUCUCCGCGUGCGCGUGUUUCUCUGUGAUGCUCGCGGGCGUCGGACGCGCGGAUGAUCGCGGCUGAUUGUCAGUGUGUGGAAUAAGACGCUCUUCAUCCUCAUCUUCAUCUUCAUCCUCCUCAUCGCGGCUGUUUCUGGCUGGAGUGACAGAAAGACAUAAAACCUUCCUCCGGAUCCUCAGCGCUCCUCUGAAGGCUUUUGGUCAGUGCUUUGUGAUUCUUCAGCGUUUGGAAUGUGACCAAGAGUUUUCAGAAAGGUGAGAUUCUGAGGGGUUUUAUUCUUUCAUUCCUCUGGCCGGAGACAGCUCAGAUGACGAGGGUUUCAUGAACGGUGCGGUCUGGCUCGGAGCGUCUUCUGAGUUUUGGUUCAGGGAUCCAGAUGGAACCAGUGUGAACCUGCGGGCCGCAGCGAGUGUCUCUGGAGGGAAAAUGUUCCACUGAUUUUCGUUCCUGCAACCUCAAACUCCUGAGUCCUCAGGAUCUUCGCCAGGGCUUUCAGAGGUUGUGAGAGCGUUGCAGGAGCGUUGUGAGCUGGCACACUCCGCGGGUGAGUCGUAACAUCAUGCCUGUGCCAAGCGUCUGUGUAGCGUUACCCUCCGUCCGACACUGUCUCCUGCUGCUCACCGCCUCGGUCCUGCUCUCCAGCGCCGAGUCGCCACCAAAGUUCUUGCGAACCCCGAACGAUCAGACGGGCGUUCAGGGCGGCGUCGCCUCCUUCAUCUGCCAGGCUUCGGGCGACCCGCGGCCCAAGAUCGUGUGGAACAAGAAGGGGAAGAGAGUGAGCAACCAGCGUUUUGAGGUCAUAGAGUUCGAUGACGGAUCGGGCUCCGUUCUGAGAAUCCAGCCGCUGCGGACUCCGCGCGAUGAAGCCAUUUACGAAUGUGUCGCCUCCAACAGUGUUGGGGAGACGAGCGCCACCACACGACUCACUGUUUUACGUGAGGAUCAGCUGCCCCCAGGUUUCCCCACCAUAGAUAUGGGUCCCCAGCUCAAGGUGGUGGAGCGCACCCGUACUGCCACCAUGCUCUGUGCUGCUAGUGGUAACCCCGACCCAGACAUUUCCUGGUUCAAAGACUUCCUCCCGGUCAACACCAGUAACAACAACGGCCGCAUCAAACAGCUCCGAUCAGAGUCCUUUGGUGGUACGCCAAUAAGAGGAGCGCUGCAAAUCGAACAAAGCGAGGAAUCGGACCAAGGGAAGUACGAAUGUGUCGCGACCAACAACGAUGGCACGCGCUAUUCCUCACCUGCCAACCUGUAUGUCAGAGAGCUGCGAGAAGUGAGACGGGUUCCUCCCCGGUUCUCCAUUCCCCCGACGGACAAUGAGAUCAUGCCCGGUGGCAGCGUUAACAUCACCUGUGUGGCCGUCGGGUCACCGAUGCCCUACGUUAAAUGGAUGUUGGGGUCGGAGGAUUUGACCCCUGAAGAUGACAUGCCCAUUGGGCGAAACGUGCUGGAACUCACCGACGUCCGGCAGUCGGCCAACUACACAUGCGUCGCCAUGUCAACGCUGGGCGUUAUAGAGGCGGUCGCACAGAUUACGGUCAAAGCUUUACCGAAGCCACCAGGUGUUCCCCAGGUAACGGAACGCACAGCAACAAGCAUUACGCUCACAUGGGAUUCUGGGAAUCCCGAACCUGUUUCUUAUUACAUCAUCCAGCACAAGCCCAAAAACUCUGAGGACUCUUUUAAAGAGAUCGAUGGAGUCGCCACCACUCGAUACAGCGUGGGUGGGCUAAGCCCUUACUCCGACUACCAGUUCAGAGUAGUCGCAGUGAAUAACAUUGGACACGGGCCUCCCAGCGAAGCCAUUGAGUCCAAAACAGCGGAGCAAGCACCGAGUACCGCCCCGCGGCAAGUCCGAGGGCGCAUGCUAAGUGCCACGACCGCCAUCAUCCACUGGGAUGAACCCGAGGAGGCAAAUGGGCAGAUUACGGGCUACAGGGUUUACUACACCACCGAUCCCAGCCAACAUGUCAACCAAUGGGAGAAACAGAUUGUAAGGACUUCCAACUUCCUCACCAUUCCGGGCCUGACGCCCAAUAAGACUUACUACAUCAAGGUCCUGGCCUUCACCUCUGUAGGAGAUGGACCGCUCUCAUCUGAUUUGCAGAUCAUAGCCAAAACUGGAGUGCCCUCUCAACCAACGGACUUCAAAGGUGAAGCCAAAUCUGAGACGAGCAUCUUGCUGUCGUGGAACCCCCCGACUCAGACGGGCCAGGACAAUCAAAUCGUCGGAUACGAGCUGCUCUAUAAGAAAGGAGAUGGCAAAGAGGAGAAACGAGUAAGCUUUGAGCCCACCACAACCUAUUUACUAAAAGAUCUGAAGCCAUUCACUACCUACACGUUUCAGCUGGCCGCUCGCAGCAAACACGGCAUCGGCGCAUACACCAACGAGAUCUCAGCCGAAACACCUCAGACACAGCCCUCAGCUCCUCCCCAGGAAGUCAAGUGUACUAGUCCCAGUUCUACCAGCAUUCUGGUAAGUUGGAAACCGCCGCCGGUGGAGCUCCAAAACGGAAUCAUGACCAGAUACACCAUCCAGUACGCAGCGACCGAAGGCGAUGAUACCUCGUUGCAUCAAGUCUCGGACAUACCGCCAGAAAAGUACCAUUAUCUGUUGGAAAACUUGGAGAAAUGGACGGAAUACCGUGUGACAGUGAGCGCCCACACUGAAGCAGGAGAAGGCCCUGAGAGUUUACCUCAGCUAAUCCGUACGGAGGAGGAUGUGCCCAGUGGCCCUCCUCGUAAAGUCGAGGUGGAGGCUGUCAACUCCACGUCUGUUAAAGUGCUGUGGCGGUCACCGGUGCCGAGCAGGCAGCACGGCCAGAUUCGUGGGUACCAGGUGCACUAUGUCAGGAUGGUUAAUGGAGAACCCGGUGGUCACCCUGUCAUCAAGGACAUCCUGAUCGAUGACGCUCAGUGGGAGUAUGAUGAUUCAGCCGAACAUGAAUUAAUCCUCACUGACCUGCACGCUGAGACCAUGUACUCGGUUACGGUCGCCGCUUACACGACCAAAGGCGACGGAGCGCGCAGCAAACCCAAGCUGGUCACCACCACCGGAGCCGUUCCGGGAAAGCCUCGUCUCAUGGUGAGUCCGACGAACAUGGGCACGGCAUUACUGCAGUGGCACCCACCGACAAACACCUACGGCCUGCUGCAAGGCUACCGGCUGCGGUUCGGCCGCAAGGACGUGGAGCCCCUGACCGUGAUCGAGUUCUCCGAGCGUGAGAACCAUUACACCACCAAAGAGAUCCACAAGGGGGCAUCCUACAGCUUCCGCCUCUCGGCCCGCAACCGGGUGGGAUUCGGAGAGGAGACGGUGAAGGAGAUCACCACGCCCGAGGACACUCCUGCCGGUUACCCACAAGGCAUCGUAGCCCAAAGUAGCACGACCACCACCAUUCAGGUCAGCUGGCAGCCUGUGGCGUUAGCCGAGCGCAACGGAGCCGUCAUCAAAUACGCCCUUCAGUACAAAGACAUCAACAGCCCUCGCAGCCCCUCAGAACUGUUCAUCACAGCACCCGAGUCCACCGUCACACUGGACGGCCUUAAAGCAGACACCACGUACGAUAUUAAAAUGUGUGCCUUCACCAGUAAGGGCCCCGGCCCUUACAGUCCUAGCGUCCAGUUCAGAACGCAACCCAUCAACCAAGUGUUUGCAAAAAAUUUUCACGUGAGAGCUGCCAUGAAGACUUCGGUGCUGCUGACGUGGGAGAUUCCCGAGAACUACAACCCCGCGCAGCCGUUUACGAUCCUGUAUGAUAACGGCCAGAGUGUGGAGGUGGAUGGGAAGCUGACGCAGAAGCUCAUCACCAACCUUCAGCCGGAGACGCAGUACUCCUUCCUGCUCACCAACCGUGGGAACAGCGCCGGAGGACUGCAGCACCGUGUCUCCACCAUGACAGCACCUGACAUACUGCGCACCAAACCCUACCUGAUCGGCAAGACCAGUUCAGACGGCAUGGUCACGGUCGAGCUGCCGGCUGUUCAGACGGCUGAGAAAGUGAAGGGUUACUACAUCGUGGUGGUGCCGCUGAAGAAACAGCGGCCCGGAAAGUUCAUCAAACCCUGGGACAGUCCGGAUGAGAUGAAUCUGGAAGAGCUGUUGCGAGAAAUCAACCGAACGAGUCGCGCUCUUCGCUUCCGUCGGCAGAUGGAGCCCAAGCCGUACAUUGCGGCGUAUUUCCGCGAGCUGCCGACCGAGUUCACGCUGGGAGACGCCGAAAUGUACGGAGACUUCGAGAACAAGCAGCUGCUGAACGGACAGGAGUACGUCUUCUUCGUGCUGGCGGUGCUGGAGAUCUCCGACAGCAUGUUGUACGCGGCGAGUCCGUACUCUGAUCCGGUGAUGUUUGCCGAUAUCGACCCGCAGCCCAUAAUCGAUGAAGAGGAGGGUCUGAUCUGGGUUGUGGGGCCUGUGCUGGCCGUCAUCUUCAUCAUCUGCAUCGUCAUCGCCAUCCUGCUGUACAAGAGGAAAAGGGCGGAGUCAGAGGCCAGGAAAGGCAGUCUGCCCAGCGGUAAAGAAAUGCCCUCCCAUCACCCCACAGACCCUGUGGAGUUACGCCGUCUGAACUUCCAGACUCCCGGGAUGGCCAGUCACCCUCCCAUCCCAGUCAUGGAGCUGGCCGAUCACAUCGAACGCCUGAAAGCAAACGACAACUUGAAGUUUUCGCAGGAGUAUGAGUCGGUCGAUCCCGGUCAGCAGUUCACGUGGGAGCACUCCAACCUGGAGGUCAACAAACCAAAGAACAGAUACGCAAACGUCAUCGCCUACGAUCACUCCAGAGUCCUGCUCUCCGCCAUCGAUGGUAUUCCAGGCAGCGAUUACAUCAACGCAAACUACAUCGAUGGCUACCGGAAGCAGAAUGCUUACAUCGCCACUCAAGGCGCGCUGCCCGAGACCUUCGGCGAUUUCUGGCGGAUGAUCUGGGAGCAGCGGAGCUCAAACAUCGUCAUGAUGACCAAACUGGAGGAAAGAUCCAGGGUGAAGUGUGACCAGUACUGGCCCAACAGAGCGACGGAGACGUACGGACUCAUUCAGGUCACGCUGCUGGACACGGUGGAGCUGGCCACGUACUGCGUCCGGACGUUUGCACUUUACAAGAACGGCUCCAGCGAGAAGCGAGAGGUGCGGCAGUUCCAGUUCACGGCGUGGCCGGAUCACGGCGUUCCGGAGCAUCCCACGCCGUUCCUGGCCUUCCUGCGCAGAGUCAAGUCCUGCAACCCACCGGACGCCGGACCCAUGGUGGUGCACUGCAGUGCCGGCGUGGGUCGGACCGGCUGCUUCAUCGUCAUCGACGCCAUGCUGGAGCGAAUCAAACACGAGAAGACGGUGGACAUCUACGGUCACGUGACGCUCAUGCGUGCACAGAGGAACUACAUGGUCCAGACGGAAGACCAGUAUGUCUUCAUUCACGACGCGCUCCAGGAGGCCGUCACCUGCGGCACCACCGAGGUUCCCGCCAGGAACCUGUACGCAUACAUCCAGAAACUCACGCAGAUCGAGUCCGGAGAGAACGUCACCGGGAUGGAGCUGGAGUUUAAGGUAAGACGGAUGUUAGCGGGAGUCGGGCAACAGAAGGCUUACAUCGCCACGCAGGGUCCUUUAGCUGAAACCACAGAAGACUUCUGGAGGAUGCUGUGGGAACACAACUCCACCAUCGUCGUGAUGCUGACCAAACUCAGAGAGAUGGGCAGAGACGGACAGUCAAGGACCGUCAGGCAGUUCCAGUUCACAGACUGGCCAGAACAAGGCGUGCCAAAAUCAGGGGAAGGCUUCAUCGACUUCAUCGGCCAAGUGCAUAAAACAAAAGAGCAGUUUGGUCAGGACGGACCCAUUUCGGUCCACUGUAGUGCUGGCGUGGGCAGGACAGGUGUCUUCAUCACGCUCAGCAUCGUUCUGGAGCGCAUGCGCUAUGAAGGAGUGGUGGACAUCUUCCAGACAGUCAAGAUGUUGAGAACACAGCGGCCGGCGAUGGUCCAGACUGAAGAUCAGUACCAGUUUUGUUACAGAGCUGGGUUGGAGUAUCUCGGGAGCUUCGACCACUAUGCAACAUAAGAUCUUCGUCCCGCUGUCAGGGAGACGGAUCGGCCAUCGGACAUCCAGCGGUCAUUUAAUUCUUCUGAGCCAUAAAUACCUGCUUGUGAAAAGAACUUAAACUCUUCGAUUACAUGUUGGAUGUGCAACGUAAACCUAGAAAUACUUACAAACGACAGUAAAAAGACAAAUAUCCAGGUGGACCAAGAAAAAUCACCCCGAUCUGAUUUCAAAAAGUAAAUCAUGAAUAAAUAAAUAGUAAUAAUAAUAAUAAUAAUAAUUUCAGACAGGUGAAUCUAGACUGCUGAAGUGCGGAAUAAUCGCUGCUUCGAGGAUUCAUGAAUCAUAAAGGAGUCAACGAACACAGACGCUGUGAGACGGGGAGCUCGAGACAAGGUGUAAAGAGAAUUUGUUUUGUUCCACAAUCAAUACGAGGAGAUACGUCACUGAUGAAGAGAGGAGACUUCAUCACGACCACCACCAUCAUCAUCAUCGAAGAAGACUAAACGAACAGAGCUGAAGUAAUAACUACAACACGUCGAUCGUUCGGUUAGACAUCCGGAGAAACCACACAAAUAAUGCAUACCAGCUUUUGUUUCACGUUCCGUGGUGUUUUCCUCUCUUAUAUGACAGAAAUCAGCGUAGACUGACCGUAUUUCUCAUGUUUUUUUUCUGAUGUCCUGAUGUUCGCACCCAUGUGCCCUCCUUCAUUCAUCGUUUUGCUGAUGGUUUGUGGCGUUUUGUUUGAAACACACACGCUGAAUCAUGGGGUGGGCAGAGUAUAAAGGUUAGAAGAUAUCUCAGUUCUUCCAUGAGCAGAGAGAGACAGAUAUUAGUAAAGUCUUUAUUUAUAUAACCUUGAAAUGUAUAUUCACAAAAUAUAGAUAUAUAGAUGAUAUAAUAUAAGGGAAUGAUGGUGGGUUUUCCGCUGGAAUGCACAUCAGCAGGACGGAUGGACAGACACGCAUCUUGUGCAAUAACUAGACAUUUUACGGCCGGAGGGUUCGAUUCGCGUCGGUUUAACGAGGAAGGGGCGAUCAUCAUCAUGUUCACGAGCUCAUGGGUCAAAGGUCAUCGUCGUGCAUCCGUUAGGCAACAGGUACGAAGACGUCCACGUGUUCAUUCUUUUGCAUUUAGAGUGCCUUAUAUUUAUGUCUGUUCUUUUCUACGAUAUUCAUUUAACGACGUGUAUAGUUUAAGUAGUUAAUGUACGAGUAUUUAUCGAUUGAUUUCCCACCAGAUUUAUAGUCUAUGAAAUUAUAUAUGCAAAUACGUAAUUCCAUCAUUACUGUUUAAUUUUCUGUGGCCUUAAUUUGGCUCAGAGAAAAUAAAAACGACAAGGGUACGACAAAGAAAGAAAGCGCACAAUAACCGUCGGGCCCGAUACUGAUAAGUCAUUUCUGUUAUGUUAUAUUAGUUCCCCAACGGCACCUUUUUAAGUUUUUCAAAAACGGUCUUUUUAAGACCAAGUGUUAGCUUUAAAUUUCCCGUAAUUUUCAGUCAUCGGUGGCGGAAAAUGGAGGCAAAGAAACGCCAGAAUAAAUGAAAGACCCUGAAAACCUGCAAAGCUCUUGCUGAUAAGCUACUAAGUAUUUUAACGUGCGAAUUUCACGAUUAGAAUAUUACGAUUCGAAACUUGAACCUCACUGGCUUUGUAGAUGUGCAUUCCAGAUGCUUUUUUUUCCCCUUUCUUAUUUCAAAUAGAGAAAGCGUUUUAUUGUUUUGACUAUUUCUGUUGUUGAUUUUGGAUGUUUUCAUCCAGUGUUGAUGUUCAUCAUCAUAUGUCGAGCAACAGGCAGCCGUUGCGUAACUGUCAGCGCCACCUAGUGUUCAGCGCUUCAAUGUGCUCCACGUCGGCUUUUCUUUCCCUGUUCUGGAUCUUAUUUGAUAUGCAUGAGUUCAACUGCAGUGGGGGCGAGUAGGAAGAAUUGCACUUUGUAUCUCUUUAUCUCUAUGCACUGCCCUACUGAUUCCGCACCCAUUACGGAUUUUACUUGAACCCGACUGUACGAAUCUCCUUCAGACUUCACUUGGUGUGUAUGUAAAUAACACAGAAAAGAGACUACCCAAGUAAUAAGAGAGAGAGAAAAAAAAAAUAAGAGAAAGGAAAAGCAAAUCGGUUGCUGAAAAAAAGAGCAUCUUUAGCAGGUGAUUUCGAAGCGUCUCUUCUUCCCCCGUUGAAAGACUGAAGCGUCACGAGCGCAAACGUACACGUGGUGUUUCUAAGCUCCCUGUUACUCUCACAUCUGGAUGCAUAGACUGAAAUUAAUUCAAUUCAAUUGUAAAGAAAAAAUGGCUUGUUAAAAAAA